GCCCGCGCGCGCCCCCGCCGCCUUCGCGCUCCCGGGUUCGUGCCUCGCCAGCUCCGCCCGCCGCCGCGUGCUCCCGCUUCCCGCUCGGAAUGCCUGUCUGGGGCGGUGGAAAUAAGUGCGGGGCCUGCGGGAGGACGGUGUACCACGCGGAGGAGGUGCAGUGUGAUGGGCGGAGCUUCCACCGCUGCUGCUUUCUGUGCAUGGUUUGCAGGAAAAAUUUAGACAGCACAACAGUAGCAAUUCAUGAUGAAGAGAUCUACUGCAAAUCCUGCUACGGAAAGAAGUAUGGACCAAAAGGCUAUGGUUACGGCCAGGGCGCUGGCACGCUCAACAUGGACCGUGGUGAGAGGCUGGGCAUCAAGCCAGAGAGUGCUCAACCUCACAGGCCUACAACAAAUCCAAACACUUCUAAAUUUGCCCAGAAAUAUGGAGGUGCUGAGAAGUGUUCCAGGUGUGGGGACUCCGUCUAUGCUGCUGAGAAGAUAAUCGGAGCUGGAAAGCCCUGGCACAAAAACUGUUUCCGGUGUGCCAAGUGUGGCAAGAGUCUUGAGUCUACAACUCUGACUGAGAAAGAAGGUGAAAUCUAUUGUAAAGGGUGCUAUGCAAAGAACUUUGGACCCAAGGGAUUUGGCUAUGGCCAAGGAGCAGGGGCCCUUGUUCAUGCUCAGUAAUGGCGUAAACCCAGAACUAAGCGUCACACAGAGUCUGUUGCCGAAACGCAGAUGGCCUUACAGCACUCACAACUGUGAAACUCUGCCAGUGUUGCGUCCUGGGCUGGACAGGACAGCACUGCACUCCCGCUUACUCACUAGCAUUUAAGAGCGUUUCCUGUACAUUCGAAAUAAAACUUUGGCUUGACUUGG